UGAACACAACUAUAUAUUCCCUGUGAACAGAAAUCUCAACUUCACUCCGUUGAGAUAGCAGAAGACUGCCUCCAUCAUGUCGUACUAUGAGCAUAUCUUCUUUGACUAUGACUUCAACGACACCAGCUCAGGUUCUGGUUCUGGUGAGCUGGGAGGAGAUCUGGAGGAGCCCUGUGACGUGGAGCAUGUGAUGACUGCUAACAUUCAGCAGGUUUUCUUGCCUGUUGUCUACGCCAUCAUCUUCACACUGGGCAUCACUGGAAACGGCCUGGUUGUCGUAGUCCUGGGCUGCCAACGCAGGUCAAAGUGCAGCCUCACAGACCGAUAUCGCCUGCAUCUCUCAGCUGCUGAUCUCCUCUUUGUUCUAUCUCUGCCGUUCUGGGCCGUGGACUCAGCCCUGGCUGACUGGCGCUUUGGAGCGGUCACCUGCGUUGGUGUGCACGUUAUCUACACGGUCAACCUGUACGGCAGCGUGCUCAUCCUGGCAUUCAUCAGCCUGGACCGCUACCUGGCAGUGGUCCGAGCCACGGACACAAACACUGGUGGGCUGAGGCAGCUACUGGCACACAGACUGGUUUAUGUGGGUGCCUGGCUGCCUGCCGGCCUCCUGGCAGUGCCUGACUUAGUAUUUGCCCGGACUCAAGAAGGAGGCGAGGGGGCCACUCUGUGCCAGCGAUUCUACCCAGAAGACAAUGCUCCUCUCUGGGUUGCAGUCUUCCAUCUCCAGCUGGUCCUGGUGGGUCUGGUGAUCCCAGGCUUGGUCCUUCUGGUGUGUUACUGCGUCAUUGUCACCAGGCUGACCCGGGGCCCGCUUGGGGGCCAGAGGCAAAAGCGGCGAGCGGUCAGGACCACCAUCGCGUUAGUUCUCUGCUUCUUCAUCUGCUGGCUGCCCUACGGAGUGGGCAUCUUUGUGGACGCUCUGCUGCGCCUGGAGGUCCUGCCCCGUGGCUGCAGCCUGGAGGCCGUCCUGGGCGUGUGGCUGGGGGUGGCUGAGCCCAUGGCAUUUGCACACUGCUGCCUGAACCCGCUGCUGUACGCCUUCCUGGGGGCAGGAUUCAAGAGUUCGGCCCGAAGAGCCCUAACUCUGAGCAGAGCCUCCAGUUUGAAGAUUUUACCACGAAGGCGCCCGGGGGCCUCCACGACCACAGAGUCAGAGUCCUCCAGUUUACAUUCCAGCUAGUGAUUGCUUAUGCUGUAUAUAUGUAUAUUGUGUGUGUGUGUGUGUGUGUGUGUGUGUGUGUGUGUAUGAGUGUGUGUUUAAGGUGUCUGAGAAAGUAAGAAGCAGUCUGCUGGCCCACGACAUGUCUUCUCCCUCACUGUCAUUUUUCUCCUGUAAAUACUGUUAUUAGAUUUGUUUUCAUGGCUGAUGUGCUUGAUGUAUACUGUGGAAGAUGUUUGUAAUAAACUAUUCAAAGUACCCA